UUUUCAUUGUGUUACAAAGAAACGCGCACCGCUCGCGUCAGCACUGCGGACGUUUGUGAGAUAGUCAUCGGGCUAUCGCCAACAGGAGAAAAGGAAGAAGACACGUCGCCAUGUCUCGCAUCAAGGGCAAGCGUUCGUCGGAGGAGAGCCUGGCGUCUGGCAGCUCGAUCGAGGAGACGCGGAGCGUGAUGUCCUUCAUCCUGUCGCGCGUGCCCGGCACGGAGCUGUCGGCGCCGCCACCGCCGCCGCCGCCGCCCCCACCUCCGGAGUCGCCCGUGGCAGUGCGAAAGCGGGCCUUUCCCUGGACGUGGCUGCUGACACACGCGCCCUGCGCGCUCAGGCUGCUGCUACUGGUGGCGGCGCACGCAGCCGUGGCGGUGUCCCUGGCCACCUCCGGCCGUGACCCCCGGGAGCCCUGGUGCAGCGGCUCGGGCUUGCUGCUCGUCUUCCUGGGGCUGCUGGACGCGGCGAUCGCGUGCGCCGUCACCCGAACGCCGCGGAGGAAGUUGGCCGAGCUGGUGAAGCACGUGAACAGGAGACUGGCGCCAAUCACCGCCACCAAACGCUUCUCCAGGGUGAGCUGGACGCUCAUCCUGGCCUCUAUCCUGGCGUUCGUGGCCGUCGACUCCCGGCUGCACGCCGCCAGACUGGCGUCCGUAUUCGGCAUCGUCAUGAUGCUGGGCUUUGGCUACAUCUUCUCCGCUCACCGGAGCAAGGUCCGGUGGAGCCCCGUGUUCUGGGGCGUGGUGGCGCAGUUCCUGCUCGGCUUGGCCCUGGUGCGCUGGGGCUGGGGCAGGCAAGCCAUGGCCUGCCUGGGGGCCAAGCUGAGCGCCCUCGUCGCCUUCGCCAAUGCCGGCAGCAGCUUCGCCUUCGGCCCCCUCGUGUCCGGAGGAGCGCCCACCGAAAAUGCGGCCCCCACCGUCUUCUCGGUGCUGUCCACGCUGAUCUUCUUCGGCAUGCUCGUGUCAGUGUUGCGCCACUACCAGGUUCUGCAGGGCGUGAUCGGCAAGCUGGGCUGGCUCAUGGCGGCCACCAUAGGCACCACGGGCUGCGAGUCCUUCUGCGCCGCCAGCAACCUCCUCCUCGGCCAGGCGGACGCUUGCAUGCUGAUCAAGCCGUACAUGUUGCGCCUGACAAAGUCUGAAAUCCACUGCAUCAUGGCGACGGGAUUUGCCACGGUAUCGGGAAGCCUUCUCGCCAUCUUUAUCCAGUUCGGGCUGAAGCCCGAGUACCUGCUAGCCGCCUCGCUCAUGUCCGCCCCGGCCGCCAUGGGCUUCGCCAAGCUCUUCUACCCGGAGACGGAGGAGUCGGACGAGAAGGACGACCCCCUCCACAGCCCCGACCGGAACGUGCUGGAAGCCAUGGCCCACGGCAUGUCCUCCAUGGUCCUGCUGGCGGCCAACAUGCUCGCCUGCCUGAUGGCCCUGGUGGCGGGCAUGGCCCUACUGGACAGUGCACUCGUCUACCUUGGCACGCUGCUCGGCUGGAGCUUCCUGGGUCUGAACUGGCUGGCGGGCCGCCUGUUCAUCCCGCUCACCCUGGCCAUGGGCGUGGACGUGGGCGAGUGCGUGCGCGUGGCCACCCUGCUCGGGGUCCGCGCCACGCACAACGAGCUUGUGGCCCACGCGCGCCUCGAAGCCCUCGAGGGACAGCUCCCGUUGCGUGCCGACCUGGUGAGCUCGUACGCGCUGUGCGGCUUCUCGAACCUGGGCGCCGUGGGUGUGCAGCUGGGCGCCUACGCGGCCCUGGCGCCCUCCCGGCUCGGGGACUGCGCACAGGUGGCUCCGCGGGCGCUCGUCGCGGGUUCUGUCGCCUGCUUCAUGACCGCCUGCGUGACCGGUGCUCUAACGGACACGUCUGCCUACGAAGUGCCGACGAGAUUCAACAGCUUCGACUUCAUAUGAAACAGGAGCCGCGCGUCCCCUUGUGUGUCUCCCCCUUUUUGUUCUCAGGCCCCCGUUUGUUCCUGGUGAGCGAAUAAAGGCUAUCGAAGUCCUC